UAAUUGAAUUUUUGGGCUUGGUCGAGUUUUGCUCAUGUUAUUUUUUAUUUUACGAUGUAACAAAAGGUAUGUGUUACUCAAAAACAAUGUAACAAGAGUAUGUGAUACUCAACAAUAAUGUAAUAAAAGUAUGUGUUACUAAAAAAUAAUGUAAUAAAGGUCUGUAUUAUCAUAAAAUAAUGUAAUAAGAGUAUGUGAUAUACAAAAAUAGUGUAAUAAAAGUGAGAUCAUAUAAACUAAUGUAAUAAGAGUAUCUGAUAUUCAAAAACAAUAUAAUAAAUGUAUCUUUUAUCAUAAAACAAUAUAGUAAAAGUCUGUGAUACUAAAAAAUAAUGUAAUAAAUAUAUGUGUUACUUAAAACAACAUGUAAAUCAAUUGCUUAUUAUACUCCAAACAGUAAUUCCAAUGUUUUGUAUGCAAUAACAGAUGUUAUUACAUUGUUUCAGUGUUCUAGAUUCUUGUGACACUAUUUUUAAAAACAAUGUAAUUAAGAACGGUAAGGUAAAUAUAUAUUAAUUAUGAGUCUUGUUGGAAAGAGUUUUACAUGUUGAAUCCGAAUAUGUAAUUUUUUUUCAAAAUCUAACAUAUAUUUUGAGAGAUAAAACGUUUUAAAAUUUUGUUUAACAAAAGAAAAUGUAAAAAAAAACUAUGAUGUCAUCUAGUGAUGUCAGCAUUAUGUGAGAUAAUAAUUGAAUAAUUGUUUUGAAUACAUAGAGACAUUUUGGUAAAAAAACUAACACUAUUCUCUUUGCAUUUCAUCAAGCUGAGUCACCUUGCCACAUCAUUUAUGAAUCAUUAUGGAAGUAUAUUUUAGGGAUACUUAGCACUAUCGUAUGGUUUGUGGAAGGAUUAUCUCUUGAUUCUUACAGUUUAUUGGUUUAAGGAUGAUAAUGAUUGAAGAGGGCUAAUGAAAUCCUACAUCCUUUUUAAGUGAAUUGAAUUGUUUGUUGAGGAAGAUCUUAAGAGGAUAUCUAACUAGUUAGAAUGUCGGAUCAUUAUACAUAUAGUAAUAAAUUACAAAUUUAUCAAAAAAAAAUAAAAAUGAUCAAGCAUUUUAACAAAGAAAAGGAAUUGGAUAAUAUAUAUGGUGGUUAGAAAAUAUUUUUUCCAUGUAAAUGUUAGGGUGUUUGGUUUGCACUAAUCUUUCUUAAUAAUUUGCAAUGUCUUUGACUUCAUAUAAAUACUCAGACUAAAGAUGAUGUGUAUCACCCUAGUGUCCGGGUUUGAAUCAUCCCCUCUAUUCAAAAAAAGAGAGUUUGGAUUAUUCUAAUUUUCCAAAAUAUUCUUGAAAAAUUACAGUUACAAAUGUCAAUCGUAGAGAGUCGAGUUUGAAAUUUUUAUUUGUUUUCGUUCAAAAUUUUCUUAUAUUCUAUUAAUUUAUAGUUUUAUAAAUAUGCUUCAACAUUUUCUUUUGGCAGGUAACAAAAAUUGAUAAAAUCCCUAAAAGGUCUUUGAGAACUGAGAAGUCAGAAGUGUUUUCUUUCAAAUGCUUCACUGUUUUGGGAUUCUAUUGAACUGUCACUCGAACAAUUCUUAUGAUAUCAUCAGGGACAAAUAUACCCUCGUAGCUAAUCUGGUUACAGGUCUUCAAUUACCAAGUGAAGAGAUCCAGAGUGAGAUCCUUUACAUUCUGUACAAAUUCUCCAUCCUCCAAUGUGCUUCUAAGGAUAUUGAUGAAGAGGAUGUUCUCAGUGCCUUUGGUUCAAAGCUCCUUCAUCAGUCACUAGAUGCCCUCGCUAAGACGGAAAAUGAUUCUGUUCGUUUGAACUGCAUUGCAUUGUUGACAAUAUUGGCUCAAAGAAGGAUUUUUGGAAAUAUAUCUAAAAGUGAGAACAUUACCCUGAGUUCUGAUGAAGCAGACAAUUUUAUGCAGACAACGGAUGAAAUAGAUGGGGCUUCUCUGUAUGUGUUAUUUGCUGAGGCGAUUAAAGGCCCACUGCUUUCAUCUGACAACCAAGUCCAGAUCAGCACCCUCCAUCUAAUUUUUCAUUGUUUGUCCUGUGAGGAGGAUCCAGCGAAACCAAUCCAAGUUUUGGUGAAAGAAAACAUUGUGGACCAUGUAUUUGAAAUUCUGAGAUUGGCAGAAUGUAAGGAUCCGAUGGUCAACUCUUGCCUCCAGGUUCUUAAUCUAUUUUCAGCUGCUGAGCAAGCCUUCCGACAAAGGAUGGUUGUCGGAUUUACUUCUUUGAUUCCAGUUUUGCGUUAUGUAACUGAAAUUCCUUUCCAUCCUGCUCAAAGUCAAACACUAAAGCUCAUAUGUAAUUGUGUUUCUGAUUUCCCUGGAAUCGUAUCACCUUCUUAUAUGGAGGAACUAGUUCUGGUUUUGACAAGAAUGUUUGAGAGGCACACUGAGGGAGAAAUAGGCAUGCUUCCAGAAACAUUCAUAUUGGCCUGCACAACUUUUACAGCUCUUUUAAAAACCUCAUCUUCUCAUGGGAUUUUAAAACUGGCUCUAUCAGUUGAAGAAGCAUCAAAGCAUGCCCUUUUAUCCUGUCUAAGUACCUUCAGAAAAGAUCCUAAUCAAUUUUUGCAUUCCUUGUACUUACUUAAAGAGGCAUAUGCAUACAGUUUGGGAGAGAUCUCCUCCAAUAACCCCAGUAACAUGGAACUUUGUGAUUGUAUAAUGGAUAUAUGUUCUUCACAGUUAUUGCCUUGGUUCGUGACAGUUCUCAAUGAAAUGGACGAGGAAAGUGUCCUAGGUAUAAUGGAAACUUUUCAUUUUAUACUGCUGCAGAGUUCAGAUUCCCAGGCCACAAAGUGGGCAAAUACUCUAGUUUCAGCUUCUUGGUUCAGCUUGUCAUUUGGAUGCUUAGGCUUAUUCCCAACAGAAAACAUGAAAUUAAGGACAUAUCUAAUGCUCAGUUCACUUGUUGAUGUUCUUCUGGGUCAAAACAUUGGUAAAUCCAUCAGAGAUGCUGCUCUGUAUCUUCCAUCUGAUCCUGUUGAUUUGCUAUUUCUGCUAGGGCAGAAAAGGUCCCUUGAUAUGGGAUUCUCCUCUUGUCAAUCAGCAGUUUUGCUGAUUUUACAUGCAAGUUCUUUGUAUGAUGAUAGGCUUGCAGAUGAGAAGCUGGUUUUAUCUUCCUUGGAACAGUUUAUUCUUGCAAAUGGUAGUGACUUUCUACAUGAAAUUGAUUCAUUGAUGAUGAUGCAACUGGUAAAUCUUUAUGGUCGCUAUCGAGGUGUUGGGAUGAUGAAUUACCAAAUUCCGUUUAGUCCAGAAGCUGAGAGGAUCAUGUUCCAUCUGUUGACUGAAAAAGAAUGGGAUUUGUCUUCCUGCAUAAUUCACUUGGUAUCACUAAAAUGGUUGUUUCAGCAAGAAAAAAUCAGCAAGCAACUGUCUUCUCAACUCCUGACAUUCUGCAGACUCAAUAGCGGAAAUAGGGCUGACAUCAUUGUCCACAAGAAACAUAGCCAGACUUUUAAUGUUAACAAUAUUGCAGAGUUGGUGAUAGCAGGGGAUAACUAUGUAGCACCGCUUUUGGUAUGCUUGUUGCUGCAACUUGCGAAAGAGGAGGGCCAAGGGAACGACAUUAUAGCAGUAGUAAAUCUCAUGGCAACAAUCAUUAACAUUUUUCCACCUGCUUCAGAAUACUUUUGUUUGCAUGGCAUAGGCAAUGGAGUUCAGGCUGUUCUUUACAAUUCAAUCCAUUCUUCAUCAGAGAUUUUCAAACCCAUAUCACUUUUAGUACUAAGCAUUCUAAGUUUGGUGCACUCUGAAACACUUUCUCGUGAUGAAGCUUGGGUUACUGUGACUAUAAAGUUGAUGGAUUUCCUGAUUACAACACUAGACGUGGAAGGCUGGAAUUGUGAAGGUCUGGAAGUAAUUGGCAUCCUUUCCCUUGUUUUGCACCACUCAACCAACAAAGUCCUUCUAGAGGCUGCAAAAGCCAUUAUUUUCAAUACUAGCUUGAUCUCUUCAAUCAACAGCAUGAUUCGUACAGCCUGCUCAAAGGGACCUGCAUUGUUCAAUUGCGACGAGAAGACAGGCAUGGGUGAAGCUCUGAUAUAUAUGCUUUUACUAUUCUACUUCUCUUUAAGAAGUUUGCAUGCAGUUCUACCAGAGUUUGUCGACUGGCACCAUUUUGUAGACCAAUCAAAUUUGAUGCAGCAACUUUCCACUAUCACCAUCCAAUGCACUGAUUUAUGCAGGCUUAUGCAUUUUGGGCCUCCUACAGUGAAGCUUGUUGCCUCAUACUGCGUGUUAGAAAUAUUUACCAGACUAACUGAACAAGUAAAUAGGAAAAAAGAAGAGUUAGAAUGUUCAAUGGAUUAUCAAAUUGCUACGAGGGCUAUACUAGAAGGCCUAGUUUUCCACAGUGACAUCAGAGUGGCUAGGAAUUGUGCCUUCUGCCUCUCAAUGAUAAUAGGGUGGGAAAAACUGGGAAUGCAGGAAACAAGAUUCAUUGCAGAGAAUAGAUGGUGCAGGUUGAUAGUAGAAGAGAUGGCAAUGUCUUUGGCAGUUCCAUGCUUAGCCUCUAAGUCUUUCACGAAUCAUCACAAAUCCGCCGUUUACAUAACUGUUGCAUUGCUAAAGCUUCAGAAUGUUCCAAGGUGGAUGGGGUUGGUGUUUAAUGAUUGCUGCAUAUCCAAUAUAAUUGACAAUCUUUCAGCUAGCAACGUGAGCUCUGAGUUGAUUUUCUUAUUCCGAGAGCUGUCAAACAAUGAUUUUGUAAACACCAAGCAGAUUGGGACUCUAAAACAGACUCUCCAGGCAUGCAGAAAACAUUUGCACAUGCACAAUGCUCAAUGUGUCCACGCAAAUACCUAUCCAAAGAAGACCGUGGCGACACCAGAAGAUUUGGGGGAAGUGCAUGAGUAUCUCAUUCACUUGAUGUCUUCUGAGUUUUUGCCAGAUACAGAUUCCAGGGGAAGAGAAGUGAGGGAUAAGAGGUUGUUAGAAGAGAUAGAACUGUUUUUCAAGGCAUUUGCAGUAUCGGAGAAUAUCUAACCAUUUUUCGUUUAUCAAAUCAUUGAAGUGUAUAUGAGUAUUCUGACACUUACAAGAACAACAAACAUUGUUGUAUAUACGAUACAUUCUUAGUUUAAGUAUCCUCUUACGUGCUUGAACCUGGAAUGAAAGAAUUAGCAGAUCUGUCCUACUCAAAAAGGGGAAUGGACUAUUUAGUGAAGUAUACCUA